AUGACUGUGACGGUGGACGUAAAUGACAUCCAGUCUCGUCUUGGUCCAAUGACCUUAACCUUGGAUGACAUCAAGUGUGUUCCUGACCAAUACCUUGGCGGCAACGCAAUAUUCCAUGUGCCCCUUGCCACUCAAAUCUGUGGAACCCGCCGACUGGAAACCAAAGAUACAUUCAUCUACAGAAACGCCCUCGUCCUCCGUCCGUACAGUAACUCCCUCAUCAACCGCGAGCUGCACUACAGGUACACAGUGGAAUGUGUACUGUCGAGAUACGGUGACGUAGGAGAGGAAUUCGUCGCUAAGGGCACAGUGUACGGCAACCGAGUAUAUGUUGCUAAUGGUAACUUCACCCUGAGGAUGGACCUGUACCAUUCUGAUUACUUCACCUACCCCGUGACCAGCUAUCCCCACGUGGUCAGACUUAACCAGGACAUGUAUGUGGACGUGGCUUUACUAACGCCGGACGUUAAUCUUAAGGUGGUCCUACAGAACUGCGUGGCGACGCCGAAGACUACGAAGGGCUAUCCACAAUAUGCCCUCAUUAGCAACAAAUGCCCAGACGACCCUACGGUACGCUUCUAUCCCUCUAACGACACGCAUGCGCAGUUCGCUGUCAAGGCCUUCGAGUUCUUCAACGAUCCAGAGGUGUACAUCCACUGUGACGUUAUCGUGUGUAACGGCACUGACCGGGACAGUAGGUGUCUGCGGCCCAGUGAAGGGUAUGCUUGUCCACAAAAUGGCGGCAGGGGGAAGAGAGCGGUACCUGGUGACGUAGAGGUGUACAGCCUGGUGCAGGGACCCGUGUUCGUCCAGAAAGAGAACCCUGUAGCAGAGUUUGCCGUAAAAGACGAGAGGAAGAAUAAGGAGGACGGCGAGGAAGGUGCCCAGGCACCGGCUGCCACUGCACUUGGAGCCGGUGUCAUGGCUGUCAGCGCAUGCGUUGUUGUCAUAGCAGCAGUGAUCGUAACGCGCAAGCGCAGAUCAUCCAAUACUGAUUACAUUCCAGUCAGAACCGAUGAAAUUUGA